CCGGACAACUUGUUUACAUGCGCACGCGGAAGCAGCUCCUGAUGCUUGUGGCGUCACAGCAGGAAGAAAAGAAGAAGAUGAUGGACAGCAGCGGAAACGAGAAGAGUUCGGAGGACUGCGCCAUUUGUCUGGACGAGAUUCAGGAGGAGAAGACGCUGCCGUGCCGUCACUCGUUCUGCACUGGCUGCAUCGACCAGGUCUUCCGGGUGAAGCCCGCGUGCCCGAUCUGCAACACCUUCCACGGCGCGCACACGGGCACCCAGCCGCCGGGCACGAUGGCGGUUACGCGCAGCCACACGUAUCUGCCCGGCUACGAGAAGUACGGCCACAUCAUCAUUAAAUACUCUUUCCCCGAAGGAAUCCAAGGGGUGAGGAGAUUCACGCCUGAGCACCCGAAUCCUGGGGUGCGCUACAGCGGCACCAGUCGUACAGCCUACCUGCCAGCCUGCAGCGAGGGGGAGGAGGUGGCGAGGCUGCUGAGGAAGGCGUUUGACCGAAGACUAGUCUUCACCGUCGGAACAUCUGCCACCACGGGCUACCACAACGUCAUCACCUGGAACGACAUUCACCACAAGACCACCAUUACAGGCGGCCCACAAAGUUUUGGAUAUCCAGACCCAGGUUAUCUGCUCAGGGUUCGAGAGGAGCUUCGUCUUCAAGGAGUGACAGAGGAUGACUAAUGGAUGAAGACGUUAAUGGUUCACUUAGAUUUAUUAUUGCUGAGUAUUAUGACAAGUGUGCACUUUUACAUUCCUCCACAGGGAUCUUGAUCAGCGACACUUUAAGGAAGUUUUUCUCUGCAGGGUGUUUGAAUUGAAUAAUGGAUGUGAGACAUUGAGGAUCACGGCUUUCCCCAAAGAUUUUAAAUGUUCCUUUCGACUUACUAUGCAAAGAUGACUUUAAGCACAGCCUGUACAAGUACUUACACUAAACAAGGUUAUAGAGUACUAGGUCAGGGACUAUACUGCUCAUCAUCAGAUGAAUGUUCUUAUUUGCUAUUUUCACACUUUCACACAAAAGCACAGACUCGGUGCCUUGUAUUUUCAAAAUAAUCUUUCCUUUAUAUCUGUUUGAGUAUAGUUUGCUAAAGUUAUUGUUUUUAUAGGUAUUUUCUAUGACUGUUUAUCUGUUACACAUUUGUUUAAAAACAUCUUCAGUUGGAAUUAAAGUGUUUAAGUCUUAUUUUUUUUUCACUUAUGCCUGGUUGAACACAGGAUGUAUUCAUCAGGAAACAUGCUGUGUUGACAGAAGUGUUCCACGAAGAGAGAAUCAAACAAACUCAAUUCACCGGUCCAGUCAUGUCCAUUUUCAUUUUGUAUCUUACCCCCUGUGGUCCACUAGAGGGCGCUGCUCUCCUCAGAGAAGUCUGUGUUUGGUAUGCAGCUGUAUCUUCAUCCCAAAGCCACAGCACCUCCCAAACCUCAUCGCCCAAAGUCAGUGAGAGGGGCAGAUGAGUCAUGUGUUUCCAUGGUGCUCGGGGCAGGUUUGACUGUUGUGUACAAUGAGAGAAAGGAUGCCUUUGUUUGACCACAUUCAACCGAUCAUCACCGGAUUUCUGACGGAACUGUGAACACUAAAGCAUUUGACAUCAUUCACGUGUCUGUAUGUUAAAUGUGUAACACGUGUGUCACAGUAGCAAUCUGCAACCCUAAUAAACCUGGAAUUUUG